CUUAAACCAAAAAUCAGAGAAACCAAUCAGGACACUACAACGUUAAGAGUUUUAAUUACGAACCAAAAUGACACCACCUACUGAUCAAAAAAAAUAUUAUUAUACGCAUAAUUUUCCUCAAUUUCAACGGCGGAUCAUUCACAUUUGUGUAAUAAUUCAUUUAUUCAUAAACUGCCGGACAUCCCUUUUGGUUGCUGCCGGAGAUGUUGAGCAGAUUGCGGGUUAUGGUUAUGUGUUCACGUCUGCUGAUUUGGAUCCUACCGGACAGUAUCUAAUUGCUACUCUUAAAUUGGUUAAGAAUUCCACUGUUUUUGGCCCUGAUAUACCCAUUCUUCAACUAACAGCAAGCUGGGAAACAGGGGAUCGUUUGAGAAUCCGAAUAAUAGAUCCUAAAGAUACACGAUGGGAAGUUCCAUACAAUGUUCUGCCCCGAGAUUCACCGCCGCCACCAUCUGUGCCGGAGUCAGUUCCGGAUGCGCACCACCGUGGCAGCCACCAUCUACUCCAGAAUUCUGGCUCCGACCUGGUAUUCCGACUUCAUAACACCACCCCUUUUGGUUUCUCCGUCGGCCGGCUCUCCACCGGAGAGACCCUCUUCGACACCACCCCAGAACCGAACAAUCCCAACACUUUUCUCGUCUACAAGGACCAAUACCUCCAGCUAUCUUCCUCAUUGCCGUCGACAAGGGCCAAUCUCUAUGGCCUCGGAGAACACACGAAGAGGUCGUUUAGAAUCGAACAUAAUCAGAAGUUGACCCUUUGGAAUGCUGACAUUGGAAGCGCCAAUGUUGGCCUGAAUUUAUACGGAUUUCAUCCCUUUUAUUUGGACGUGAGAUCGCCUAAUGGGACCAGUCAUGGAGUUCUGUUGCUAAACAGUAAUGCCAUGGAUGUUGUGUACAGUGGCGAUCGGAUUACUUACAAAGUAAUCGGGGGAAUUAUUGAUUUGUAUUUAUUCGCCGGACCAACGCCGAAGAUGGUUGUGGAUCAGUACACGCAGCUCAUUGGUCGUCCUGCUCCCAUGCCUUACUGGUCCUUUGGAUUUCAUCAAUGCCGUUGGGGUUACAAAAAUGUGUCUAAUCUUGAAAGAGUGGUUGCUGGUUAUGCGAAAGCUGGAAUUCCUCUUGAAGUUAUGUGGACUGAUAUUGAUUAUAUGGAUGGAUUUAAGGAUUUUACACUUGAUCCUGUAAACUUUCCUUUGGAUGAGAUGAAGAAGUUCCUUGAUAUGCUUCACAAAAAUGGUCAAAAAUAUGUGCUCAUUCUUGACCCUGGUAUAAGCAUCAAUGAGACAUAUGAGACUUACAAGAGAGGAAUGAAGGCAAAUAUUUUCAUUAAGCGAGAUAAUAAACCAUACCAGGGUGUUGUUUGGCCUGGAAAUGUAUACUUCCCAGAUUUUCUAAACCCAGCCGGUGGACUCUUUUGGGGCAACGAAAUCAGCCAAUUUCAGAAGCUCGUUUCCUUUGAUGGCCUCUGGCUUGACAUGAAUGAGUUAUCAAAUUUUAUAACUUCUUUUCCUACUUCAUCAUCUAAACUUGAUGAUCCUCCUUAUAAGGUAAACAAUUCUGGUGCUAAUGUGUCCAUUAUCGAUAAAACGGUACCUGCAACUGCGGAACAUUUCAAUAAUGUUACCGAGUAUAAUGUCCACAACCUCUAUGGAUUCCUGGAGUCUAGAGCAACAAAUCAGGCUCUAGUUAAACUGAAAGGUAAAAGGCCUUUCAUCCUUUCAAGGUCAACUUUCGUUGGUUCUGGCCAAUAUGCAGCACAUUGGACAGGUGAUAAUGCUGCCACUUGGGAUGAUUUGGCGUACUCGAUUCCUACCAUUUUGAGCUUUGGACUUUUUGGGAUUCCAAUGGUUGGAGCAGAUAUAUGUGGUUUCUCUGGAAACACCACCGAAGAGCUUUGUCGCCGAUGGAUUCAGGUAUCACCAAUGUUGCUUUUCCUAUCAAUGACAAUGAGUAGGCUAUUAACUUCAAGAGUAGUUCCAUCUGUCUAAUGAGUUCUGUUAAAUUUCACCCACUCCUUUAUAUUCUCUGUAAUCACUGUGAUUCCAAAAGAUUCUCAAAACUUAGUGCAGGUUAGGCGCAGGAAGAAAACUGUCCAAUCUACAGAAAGAUUAAGUUCAAAGAACCAGAAUAAGUUGCUAUGAAAACACUGUUUAAAUUGAUUUGGCAUUUGUCCAAGAACUUUAAAAAGUAAUGAUAAGAAAUAGCCACUCCAGUUUAGGAAAGAAGAGAGCUAAUCUCUAGUAUUGGCAUGUUCCGUUCUGAAACUCUCUUUGAUGCAGCUGGGAGCAUUUUACCCUUUUGCUAGAGAUCAUACGGCAAACAAUACUAUCUCUCAAGAACUCUAUGUUUGGGAUUCAGUCGCUGCAUCAGCAAAAAAGGUACUCGGGCUUCGGUAUCAGUUACUUCCAUACUUCUACAUGCUGAUGUAUGAGGCACAUAUGGCUGGAACACCUAUUGUGAGACCCCUUUUCUUCUCAUUCCCUGAGGAUAUGAAUACAUAUGGAAUCAAUUCGCAGUUUCUUCUCGGCAAAGGUGUAAUGGUUUCCCCUGUACUAAAGCCUGGAGCAACCACAGUGGAUACAUAUUUUCCAGCGGGAAACUGGUUUAGCCUCUUUGAUUACUCUAAGCAUGUGAGUUCGAGUCAAGGACAGUACAUAAAACUUGAUGCACCACAAGAUCAUCCGAACGUAUAUGUCCGGGAAGGCAAUAUAUUGGCUAUGCAAGGAGAGGCUAUGACAACUCAAGCUGCAAGGAAAACUGCAUUUGCCCUUUUGGUUGUUCUUAGCAAGAAUGAAAACAGCACUGGAGAACUCUUCCUGGAUGACGGGGAGGAAGUACAGAUGGGAGGAGAAAAUGGAAUGUGGACUCUGGUUCAGUUCAACAGCUACAUUACCAAUUCUUCUAUAAUGCUGGAAGCUAAAGUUGUGGAUGGAAACUUUGCAUUAGGUCAGAAAUGGAUCAUCAACAAAGUGAUAUUCUUAGGCCUUGAGUCUGGAAAAGAACCAAAAGGCUACGAAAUCAUAACCGGCAACUGGGUCAGAAGGAUCGGAAGAAAUCCGGGCCGAUGCAGUAGUAUUAAGGUUAGUGGAGAUCAAUUUGCUUCUGCAGAAAUCUCAAACCUUCAAAUGCUAAUUGGGAAGGAAUGGAAAUUACAGUUGAACUUCAGCCCUUGAGGAUCGUUGCCUCAAGAGGCUAAUAAGAUGAGUUUAAUAAAUCAAUGUACCGGAAAAAGGAUCACACAUCAAUGUAAUGUAAAAAGGCCAUAUAAUUUUUCGUUUCUGAACAAUUACAUAUCUGUUCAAAAACCAACCUUCAAAUGUUAUAGGCAAAGGUUCCAACAAAU